GCUCCGGAGGCAGCUGCUGCCUGUGCCCCCCGUGCUCCUCCGGCGAGCAGCCCCUUCUCCCUUCUCACCCCCCGUGCAGGGGCUCCUUCGGCCUCCUCUGUCGGUGGCGACCGAAGGACCAGCAGCCCGGGCAGGGCGUGUGGGCUCGGCGGGAUGCCUCAGCCCGGUUGGGAGCGCUGGGGCUUGGUAUCAGGCUGGAGUGCGCGGGGUGCAAAGCAAAUACUGGAAUGUUUCUAAAAGACGUCAUUUUCAUUUAUCAUUUCACCUUAGAUUUUCAAACAGUGUCUACUUACGGCAUGUGUUGUUGUAUACCUAAGCCGGUUUUAAAAAUGUUUCUUUCAAGUCGUUGAACCGAGUAAUUGUUUAAGAUGGUUAGAGAAGGGUUUUAUCUGUUCAUUGCCGUAGCGAAAACUGACCGGAUUUGGAAGCAGCCCUUUUUGCCUGAGUCUGUGAUUCUGAGCAAGCUGUUUGCUGUCUGUUGUUGGUAACUUCGAGCCCUCUGGGAGCGGGAAACUCCCAAAGCCAGACAGGGUGGAGGAGUUCGGUGCAACAUCCACACCGCUGGCAUCAAGAGCAGGAACGUAGAAGCUGCAAUGAUUCACAUUCUCUCAUGGUUGAGGAAUAUCAGUGUGGUCAUUCAGACCACUGGUUGGAGAGCUCUACAACAUCAGAACACUCUAAGCAGCUUUCCAGUUGCCCCCGCUGGGAAGGUACAAUUGAAGAAGACAAAACAAUGAGGACAUCAAACAAAAAUAUGACUGAGUAGGUCUUGAACUAUUACUGCUUUUUGUUCCAUUGGUUUUAGCAAUAACGAUCUGAUGAUCUUUGACUCCUUUACUGUGGAGGCUGGUGAUUCAGCCAACAAUGUAACCACUCUUCCCUUAAGAAAAAGCCCUUAGGCUCCAGCUUGCCAUGCUCCCCCUGGGGGAGAAACCCUAACUGAUAGCCUGCAGUUGUGAUGGGCAAAAAGGAGUUGCCCCCCCAGCAUGCCUUGGAGGCCAUGGAAAUUUUGUGUACUCCAUGUAGAUUAUAUGUAUCCUAUUGGUCCUUCCCCUUUGCUCUGCCCCUGAACCCUCUGUGGACUAGUCCUGAUCCUCCUGUACGAACCCCUGCUCCCUCUGACUUGCUGGCUCUUCAUCCCUGGACACUUCUGAAGAAGGAGCUGAAUAAAACCUCCCGAAGAAUUCCAUACGAAGGCUCCGUCUCUUUCCUGCCGCGCCACCUGAAGAGCUGCAUUCACUCAACAGCCCUUUUCAGGGCUCAGAGCUGUAAUCACAGAGCAGCUGCAGACGUGCCUGUGCCUCCAGGACAUCCUUUUAAGGACACUUCUCUAGGAAGGUCUCGGCAUUCUUACCAUCACUGCCCACCACAACAAGUGGCACCCGAACAGGGACCGCAGCCAGUGGUUCCCUGGAGAAGCGUCUCCUGCAGCAUCAGCUGCAGGAAUUAAGUCACUCUUGGGUUUUGUCUCUUCCCUGAGGAGAACCCCUUGCGUUUUAGCAAGGGCUAUCUGAAGGGUGACCGGGACCCUCCAAGCACCAUCUGGGGAUUGAAGGAGACUCCCCGAGGACCGGUCAAUGGGUCAAUGACCACCCACCCAGCAGGUUUCUGUUCGCCCUGUGGGCUUUCCUUGCCCGAAGAAAAAGCGUGAGUUUCAUUGAAUUAGCGCUUUUUUGUUUUACCUUUUACUGCUGAGUAUGGGAGAAGAGUAAGGAUGGGCAACAAACUAAGUUGUCCAAAGCUCAGCCUUCCUCAAAGAGAUGUUUAUCUCCAAGUUGUGGGUGGCCUUGUUGCGAGGAAAUUUAAGUUUUCUAAAGGGGAAUUGAAAUGUUUUGUUCAUUGGGUUUUUAAGUAUUUCCCAAAUGCAACACGGGAUUCUCUUUGUUUAAAUUCUUUUUGGGAUGCCGUGGGGUAAAAGUUGUACUUAGUUUUAGCAGGUGGGGAUCUUUCAGUUUCCAAGUGUUUUCCUCUGUUCCGUCUCAUUGUUAAGACAGUGGGUCGCUUGGGGAAUGUAAUGUUUCAGGGAAUGUGUUGGGAAAAGUUUCGGAUCCCCAGCUGAAAUCCCCUUUCCCUCCUUCCUCUCCUCAUGUUCCCAAACCCUCUUCCCCGCCUGAGGGGCAAUCAGAAGGUGGUCACUGCCAAAUGGUUCAGGGCUGUUGGCCAACUCCCUGACACCUCCCAAACUUCUCUCAACCCCCACUAGCGAGGGCCCUGCUGCCCUGGACCUUUCUCUCAUCCUCCUUCCAAUGCCCUUGUACUGGCUUUCUCCUUCAUCUAGUUUUGCUCCACAAAAUGGCACCGGCAACAUGGUCAGCCCUGUCGUUGUGUCUCCUUCUUGUCCAAGUUUUCCCACCCUCGCUCCACAAAAUGGCCACUUUCCUGCCUCUCCUCCACUUUUUCCCAUGCUUUCCAUCACGCCUGGCCCCUCCUGUCCCCCUAUGUCAAUGGAUGUAACCGCCUUGGGACCCCCCCAUUCCAUCAGUAUCACCCCCUCCAUCCCUUCCAGCCUUGGCUCCUCCCCAGUGGUCCAACUCCCUCUUGGUUCCCACGCCACCGGGACUGGAAGCGGAAAUGACAGUGACUGGAAGGAGGCCCUAUUGGCCUCCUCUUCCACCCAUCACUUGGCAGCUCCAGUUGGCCUGAAAAAGCCCCACGCUGCUCUCUGGAACCUUCCAUCCUCCUCGGAGGAUGAGAGCAGCGACUCUUCAGACUCCGAUUCUCAGUCUGAAAAUUGUUGGGCGAAGGCCCAAAGGGAGGCCACCAGGGAGGGGGAUUGGGAAUUGGCUAAUAGGAUCUCUGCCCAAAAGCUGGGAGCUGCUUCCCAACAGGGAGCUAAAAGAACUAUGUAAGGCAGCAAAGGAACACAGGCAGGGAUCACAUUUCUUUAAGAAUCUAGUAGAAGCUACCUUCUCUGUGCACACAUUAGUGCUGCAUGACAUCAAAAACAUCAUGAACUGCCUCAUUUCCCCAGCAGAAUAUAUGCUGUGGGAAAGGCACUGGAAGAAAAAUCUAAAAACAUUAGCUGACAACUAUGCCAAAGAUGUAAAUCAUCCCAACUUAACAAUUGAGCAAAUGGCCAGAGAAGGUAACUUUUUAAAACCCACUGAUCAGGCCAGAGACCUGCCUGAAGCUGUUCUGCAUGAUGUUGCUGCUGCUGCCAAAACAUCACUGUCCCUCACCUCUGAUGACUCUACCCCCACACAAAGUUUCACAACCAUCAAGCAGGGGUUCAAUGAGAGUUUUAUUAAAUUUGUUGACAGACUAAAAGUUGUGCUGGAAAAACAGACUGAGAGCCCAGAAGGGAAGAAAGAAGUAUUAAAUAAAAUGGCUAUAGCUAAUGCAAAUGCCCAGUGCAAGGCAAUUUUAAGAGCUCUUCCCAUUGACCCCGAACCCUCCAUUGAACAAAUGGUUGAAGCCUGCGCCCGAUACACAUCAUCAGAAAACACUGUGGUGCAGGCUGUGACUAAGGGGAUUGUGGGUGGAGUGACUGGAGCAUUUGCAGCAGUAGCCGAGGACUUCCUAAUAAAUAAUGUUUUAAUUGCGGAAAGACUGGACAUUUCUUUAAGGACUGUCACGACAAAAUACAUGAAUUGACUACCGCAAGCACCAUCCAUGGCCACAAUGCCUGCCUUUCCAGCAGCGCCUGAGAAACUUCCAACAGUGCACAGAACAGCCCUUUACGAUGACACAAAAUCAGAAGCCAUUUUCCCCUGCUCUACCAUCCCAGAGCAGACGGAAGACCAGACACCAGCUCCAAGAGCUUGGCAAUUGCCAGCGCAUCAGAACGGUUCAGGUGGGAACCUGGUGCCAGCUGGUAAGCGACCUAUCAAUUAACUUAAUUGAUGAGUGCUUCCACAAGAGUCCACCUGGAAAAUACGGACCAGAAGACAGUCCUUGGGACAUUUUAAUUAUUGGUGACCUGCUCAACUCACCUGAACAAAUUUAUGUAAUUCCAGAGGUGCAGACAAUAUUCCCAGGGGACAAAAUUUUUGUCUCCCUUAUGUGCACUGAUGCACCAUACUAUUUAUUCCAAGGAACACCAAUUGCACAGGCCUUUUUACUGCCACCUGUUUGGAAGAGGUUUCCCUCAAGCCUACAGCCAUGUGGAUGCAGACUGUGGGUUCAAAUAAACCCCUUAUAGAGUGUGACCUGUUCUGCAGAAGGGAGAAGACCUGACAAAUAGCAGGGCCUUUCCCACUGAUUACCUGGGGGAGGGAAUAUGCCUGUGUGUCAGCUCCACCUGGCCCAAAAUAUCUCCCAGGGAAAUACAUCAAACCUUAUUUAGGGCCAACAAACACUGCCCCUGACAAAAAUAUCAAGAAUUCCUCCAAGUCUACCACAGAACCACAGGAUCAAAUAUCAACUGCCUGGAGACGGAAAUACUAUAAGACGCGGCUUCUACGAAGACUGCAUCACCCCAUCACCAGGUCCCAGACCAAACACAACACUGGAAACAACAAUGCCAAAAGCUGGGCACAUCCUAGCAAGUUUACUGCUACCCCCAGUUGUCCCCUGACCCUCACUUCCCUUUAGACUUACCUUCCCCAUGCUUACCUUCCCGCUACAGCCCUCUUCCCUCUUUACUAAACUUCCCAACACCACCUAAUACCUUCAUUCUUUUAGUCUUAUUAAAGAAAGGGAGGAUGAAGGGGGAUGAAGGGUAGAGGGGAAAAUCAAAGGGUACGAAGAUAUUCCCUCCUCUUCCCCCAAAGGUCUAAUAAUGUAUGUUUAUACACCCAACAGAAUCUCUUUUCCCAGCCAAAGAUUAAAAACACCUAUCUUAACACCCACCUCAACACCACCAGGAUGAUCAUCUGGGUGCUCCUGAUGGCUUAGCAUGUCCUUGGCUGGAUGGUCAGCCAACCCAACCAUAAUGUGUGGGUCACCCUGGCCAGGAGCCUCCAGCAGAACAAUAUGUGCCUGCCCAUGGGCUCAGUCCAUAACUCACUACAGUCAUGUCUGCUGGGGAUUCCCCUCAGGCCCAGUGAACACCCCUUUGCGGGGAGAUGGCCCAACCUGAUAGAGAGCACUGGGGAGGGAUGGAACUGGUGGAUAGAGAAAUUUCCUAAGACACCAGAGGAACCUAGAGAAUUAUACUUGUUGGGGUCAUCCAAAGCCAGUUUUUGCUUUAACUUUUAGUUCCUUAACCCUUCAGUUAGUUACACUAAGGAUGUAACCCCAACCAAAAAAAUUUACAAUUCAGCCGAGUGGUGCAACUACACAGCUGGGACAUCAUUUGACUCCUCCAGUUCUGUCUUUCCCAGAGUGCUCCCCCCAGCUGUGUUUUUUCUCUGUGGAGACAAGGCCUAGGGUGGAGUUCCCUCAUGUCUCAGAGGAGGUCCCUGCAUUUUUGGCCAACUUAGUACCCUCACCCCAAACAUCACCCUGUUACAAGAUUGGAGACAGAAAAAUAAAUUGGCAUGCCAAAAAUGUACUCUCAUCGGAUCUGAUGAAAAUUGUGAUUCUAAAUUUACUGAUUGGACAAAGAAUUAAUGGGUCUCAGUGUCCAUCUUCCUCCCAUGGGUGGCCGCUGCAGAAGGCCUGGGCAAAAUUUCGCAUUUGGGGUGUUGGCUUACUAAACAGGCCAACAGAACAUCUAAGGCACUUGGCGCCCUCGUCAAAGAUGAAGAGAUGACCAGACACGCCACCUUGCAAAAAGCAUGCAGUGAUUGACUAUCUCCUGUUAGUCCAUGGACUCAGCUGACAGAACUCUGAGGGCCUCUGAUGCUUUAUCCUGUCAGACCACAGCCAGUCCAUAUCCGGGAGCAUCCAGAUGCUCAAAGAAAAUGCCAAAGAGCUUCAGAUGGAGAAAGACCCCAAGUGGUUUACGAAUUGCUUUAGACAUUAUAGACUGAGGCUGGGUUGUCUCUUCCUUUAAUAAUGUGUUGUAGAUUCUUUUGGUUAUUGUGUUUAUGUUUUCAUGUUUUUACAUUUCUUAAAGAAAGCUAUAGGGGAGGCAUUCAUAAUUAAUAAAGAAGGAGGGAGUUGUGGAGACUGGUAAUUCAGCCAACAAUGUAACCUCUCACCCUGGAGAAAAAGCCCUAAGCCUCUAGCUUGCCAUGGGGGAGAAACCCUAACUGAUACCUUACAGUUGUGAUGAGCUAAAAGGAGUUGUCCCUCCAGCACAGGCCAUGCAAAUUUUGUGUACUGCAUGCAGAUUAUAUGUAUCCUAUUGGUCUUUCCCUUUUACUCUGCCCCUGAGCCCUCUGUGGACUAGUCCUGAUCCUCCUGUAUGAACCCCUGCUCCCUCUGACUUGCUGGCUCUUCAUCCCUGGACACCUCUGAAGAAGGAGCUGAAUAAAACCUCCCGAAGAAUUCCA